GGGGUAAACGGGGGGCCCGAAUAAUAAUCGCUAAUAACAAAAAAAAGGAAAGGGGGAGAGGGAGGCCGGGGAGAAUAAAAGGAGGCUGGGCUGCUUUGCAUUGAAGAUCGGGGCGCUAUUGAAAAGCUUUUGAAAAGUGGUGUUGUCUUCUACCCGUGCGUGCUUCGAUUGGGGGAGUAUAUUAGAGCCGGACAGCGGCUGCAAAAGCAGCAGCUUGGGAGCGUCUCUGAGCGAAGGGGACUCUGCAAGGAAGAGGCAUGCUUUUAUCAAAGAGACCGCAGCUCACGGAGUUUUCCUUAAGUCUUCUGCUUGCUCUGUUAUGUUUGCGAGUAAAGGUGACUCUAACAUCAGGCCAGUUCGAGUUUGAGAUCAUAUCCAUGCAAAAUGUCAAUGGUGAACUGCAAAAUGGGAAUUGCUGUGAUGGGACCCGAAACCCAGCUGAUAGAAAAUGCACCAGAGAUGAGUGUGAUACUUAUUUUAAAGUUUGCCUAAAGGAGUAUCAGUCCCGGGUUUCUGUUGGGGGCCCUUGCAGCUUUGGAUCUGGAUCGACCCCAGUCAUCGGUGGAAAUACCUUCAGUUUGAAAUACAGUCGGAAUAAUGAAAAGAACCGGAUUGUUCUCCCUUUCAGCUUUGCCUGGCCGAGAUCCUACACAUUGCUUGUUGAGGCCUGGGAUUACAGUAACGACAGUGUUAAUGCAGAUAACAUUAUCGAAAAAGCUUCUCACUCCGGUAUGAUCAACCCAAGUCGUCAAUGGCAAAUCUUGAAGCAGAAUGCAGGCGUGGCUCACUUUGAAUACCAGAUCCGGGUCACUUGCGAUGAGCACUACUAUGGCUUUGGCUGCAACAAGUUCUGUCGACCAAGAGAUGACUUCUUUGGGCACUACACCUGUGAUCAGAAUGGCAACAAAACAUGCCUGGAAGGCUGGAUGGGUCUGGACUGUGACAAAGCUAUCUGCCGUCAGGGUUGCAGCCCCAAACAUGGUUCUUGCAAAAUUCCAGGAGAGUGCAGGUGUCAGUAUGGAUGGCAAGGCCAGUACUGUGAUAAAUGCAUUCCACACCCAGGCUGUGUCCAUGGCACUUGCAAUGAACCAUGGCAAUGCCUCUGUGAAACCAACUGGGGUGGCCAGUUCUGCAAUAAAGAUCUCAACUAUUGUGGGACUCACCCACCUUGUUUGAAUGGAGGUACCUGCAGCAACACUGGACCUGACAAAUAUCAGUGCUCCUGCCCAGAGGGUUACUCGGGACAGAACUGUGAAAUCGCGGAACAUGCCUGUCUUUCGGAUCCUUGCCACAAUGGAGGAAGCUGCCUUGAAACCUCUACAGGAUUUGAGUGUGUCUGUGCUCCAGGCUGGGCAGCACCAACGUGCACACUUAAUAUCGAUGACUGUUCUCCAAAUCCCUGUGGCCAUGGAGGGACUUGCCAGGAUCUAGUUGAUGGGUUUAAAUGUAUUUGCCCACCUCAGUGGACUGGUAAAACGUGUCAGAUUGAUGCGAAUGAAUGUGAGGGUAAACCUUGUCUUAAUGCCAAUUCCUGCAGGAACUUGAUUGGCAGCUAUUACUGCGACUGCAUUGCUGGCUGGACUGGCCAGAAUUGUGAUAUAAAUAUUGACGACUGUAUUGGACAGUGUCAGAAUGGAGGGACUUGUAGGGACUUGGUUAAUGGUUAUCGAUGUGUCUGCCCACCUGGCUAUGUAGGGGAUCACUGUGAGAAAGACAUCAACGAAUGUGCAAGCAACCCUUGUUUGAAUGGGGGUCAUUGCCAAGAUGAAAUCAAUGGAUUCCAAUGUCUCUGCCCUGCUGGAUUCUCAGGAAACGUCUGUCAGUUGGAUAUAGAUUAUUGUGAACCCAACCCUUGCCAGAAUGGGGCCCAGUGCUUCAAUUAUGAGAACGAUUACUUCUGUAGCAACUGUCCUGACGACUACGAAGGAAAAAACUGUUCGCACCUCAAAGAUCACUGCCGCUCGACUCCCUGCGAAGUCAUUGACAGCUGCACAGUUGCAGUGGCUUCCAACAGCACCCCGGAAGGGGUUCGCUACAUCUCUUCCAAUGUGUGUGGUCCACACGGCAAGUGCAAGAGCCAAGCAGGAGGCAAGUUCACUUGUGAAUGUAACAAAGGCUUCACUGGCACCUACUGUCAUGAAAAUAUCAAUGAUUGUGAGAGCAACCCGUGUAAAAAUGGCGGCACAUGCAUCGAUGGCAUCAAUUCCUACAAAUGCAUAUGUAGCGAUGGAUGGGAGGGUACCUUCUGUGAAGCCAAUAUCAAUGACUGCAGUAAAAACCCUUGCCACAAUGGAGGAACGUGCCGAGACUUGGUGAAUGAUUUUUUCUGUGAAUGCAAAAAUGGCUGGAAAGGAAAAACCUGCCACUCACGUGACAGUCAGUGUGAUGAAGCUACAUGCAAUAAUGGAGGGACGUGUUAUGAUGAGGGAGAUGCCUUCAAGUGCAUGUGUUCUGCAGGGUGGGAAGGAGCCACUUGCAACAUAGCAAGGAACAGCAGCUGCCUACCAAACCCAUGUCAUAAUGGCGGAACUUGUGUUGUUAGUGGAGACUCCUUUACGUGUGUCUGCAAAGAGGGUUGGGAAGGACCUACUUGCACUCAGAAUACCAACGAUUGCAGCCCGCACCCUUGCUAUAAUAGUGGAACAUGUGUGGAUGGAGACAACUGGUACCGUUGUGAGUGUGCUCCAGGCUUUGCGGGUCCCGACUGCAGGAUAAACAUCAAUGAAUGCCAGUCCUCCCCCUGCGCUUUUGGAGCCACAUGUGUCGAUGAAAUCAAUGGAUACCGGUGUAUCUGUCCAGCUGGCCGCAGUGGUCCAAGAUGUCAAGAAGUUUCAGGAAGGCCUUGCAUUGCCAGUGGACAUAUUAUCCCAGAUGGAUCAAAAUGGGACGACGAAUGUAACAGCUGUCAAUGUGUGGACGGGAAAGUCACCUGUUCUAAGGUCUGGUGUGGUCCGAAGCCUUGCCUAAUAAGUGCCAAAGGUCACAGUGAAUGUCCUGCAGGCCACAACUGUCACCCUGUGAAAGAUGGCCACUGCUUUGUAGGUCCCUGUGACAACAUGGGUGAAUGCUGGCCUUCCAGUCAGCAGCCUGUGAAAACGACCUGCAGUUCUGACUCGUACUAUCAGGACAACUGUGCUAACAUCACUUUCACUUUCAACAAAAAGAUGAUGACUCCGGGUCUUACUACUGAACAUAUAUGUAACGAGCUGAGGAAUCUGAGUAUCUUAAAAAAUGUCUCUGUUGAAUACUCCAUCUACAUCACUUGUGAACCAUCGCACUUGGCACACGAUGAAAUUCACGUUGCCAUAUCUGCUGAAGAUAUCCAGGAGGAAGAAAACCCAAUAAAAGAAAUAACAGAUAAAAUUAUUGAUCUGGUUAGCAAGCGUGAUGGGAACAGUACUCUUAUUGCAGCGGUUGCAGAAGUCCGAGUACAGAGGCGACCAGUUAAAAACAAAACAGAUUUCUUGGUUCCGUUACUGAGCUCUGUUUUAACCGUGGCUUGGAUCUGUUGCCUGGUCACUGUCUUGUACUGGUGUAUCCGGAAGCGCCGAAAGCAGAGCAGUCACACGCACACGCCGUCAGACGACAACACCACCAACAAUGUGCGGGAGCAGCUGAAUCAGAUCAAGAACCCGAUAGAGAAACAUGGCGCCAACGCCGUCCCAAUCAAAGACUAUGAAAACAAGAAUUCCAAAAUUGCCAAAAUAAGGACACACAACUCUGAGGUGGAGGAAGACGACAUGGACAAGCACCAGCAAAAAACCCGGUUUGCCAAACAGGCAACGUACACGCUAGUGGACAGAGAUGAAAAGCCACCCAAUGGCACUCCCACAAAACAUCCAAACUGGACAAACAAACAAGACAACCGGGACUUGGAAAGCGCACAGAGUUUAAACCGAAUGGAAUACAUUGUAUAGCAGACAGCCGGGUGCUGCUGUGCAGGGCCUUUACCUAUCCAUUCAAGUCAACUCGGAGCUUGUAGUUCUUAAAAUUGUUGUGUAAUAUUUUGAGUCUAAGGCUAUUAUUUGCUUAGAAUCCCUGUGUUAAUUUAAGUUUUGACAAGCUGGCUUACACUGGCAGUGAUAGUUGCUGUGGUUGGCUGGAUUACCAAGUGCUGCAUUUCACAUCUAUGCAAAACUAGUCAAAAGUGCCCCCAUGUCAUUACAGCCGCAGGUAAUGCAUCCUGGCAAGGGUUUCAUAAGGUGUCAUGUAGCCUCUUGCUUAAGUUUUUUUUCCCCUGUAGCCAAAAACACUUUUUUUCUCUUCUGUCUCGAGAUGUCAUGAUGUCUUAGGGGAAAAAUACAUUUUAUUUAUUUAUUGGAUUAGAGUUUUUUUGUAUAUUGGUUUUAUGGUGAUGUUCAACUAGUUCUGUAUUUGAAAGUGCCUUUGCAGCUCGGAACCACAGCAACUAUCAAAAAAAAGUUUAUUAUUUAUUUUUUUUAAUUGUAUUUUUUUGAGAGGGGACAAGGGGGAGGGUUGGGGGACUUCUUGUCAGCAGUUGCUGGUAAAAAAAAUGAAGAAUGGCGAGAAAAAUGUGUCAAAAGUAGAAGUUUGUAUAGUUAUGUAAAUAAUUCCUUUUUUUAUUAAUCACUGUGUAUAUUUGAUUUAUUAACUUAAUAAUCAAGAGCCUUAAAUAUCAUUCCUUUUUUAUUUAUAUGUAUGUGUUUAGAGUUGAAGUUUUUUCCCCAUAGCAUUGUAAGCUUAUGGCUUCUUUACUUUUUUUACUUUAUUUUUUUCCUUUGUUACAUGUUUGCCUACAUGCCAAAAUUUAAGGUGUUCUGAAAAUCAGUUUUUAUUUUUAAUUAUAGGAAGGGCUCUCAGGCCUUGAAGCUGGCUUUCUGUACAAUGUCAAGUGUGUUUGUCUUUAUUGUUUGAGAACACCUUUGAUAGUAUCACUUUAAGAAUAUUUGUUAAGUACCAGCUGAGGCGGUUUAGAAUUAGAUUAGAAUAUUUUUCCUCCUGGCUACUUUAGACAGGGGGCUGGGGGGAAGACAGGUUGACAGGCAGAUAAUCUGCUACAAAGCAGUUUACGGGAACACAAAGAAGUGAUAACCUUCUGUAGAUGAAAUGUGAGUGGUUGCAUGUAAUUAAAAAUAUCAAAUUAGCGUGUGAA